AUGUCAACAGUUCGGGUUCGUGAAACCCUUCUUGAAUAUCUCUCUGAAGCACAAUCGGAUUCUCAUGAGGUGCAGCAGAAAUCCCUACGAACUCUGGCUUCCAUUACCAAAGUCAGUCCACAGAAUAGGACUUUGCUGGCACAAACAAAUGGAGCCAUAUCUGCCCUUCUUACCCUUUCCAAAUCUUCCUCUCCCAUUAUACAAAUUCUCUCUUUGUCUAUACUCUUUAACCUCUCUUUGAACCCUGAUCUAAAGCAGUCUCUUGCAGAUAUGGAGACCAUCUAUCACCUCAACUCUAUAAUUCUCUCCCCAGGCUCCCCUGAGUCCAGCAAGUUGGCUUCUUCCCUGGUUUGUAGCUUGGCUAUGCUAGACAAGAACAAGGCCAAGUUUGGGGUGGCUGGUACCGUCCGUUUGUUGGUCAAUGCAGUUUCAGGACCCCGUAGUCCUGCCGCUCAUCACCUCCUUAGUUCUUUAGCAGAGCUUGUGCAGUUCCAUGGGAACUGUACCCUAGCUGUCCGGGCUGGAGCUGUCCCAGUGUUGAUCCAACUGGCAACAAGCACUGAUGUUGAAGACCUCUCCGGAACUUCACUAGCCAUUCUGGGCCUUCUUGCUAGGUUUGAUGAGGGAUUAAAUGCUUUGAAAAAGACUGAUCAGGUUGUUAGUUCAAUAGUAGAUGUAUUAAAAGGGAGGUGCAUGUUGAGUAAGGAAGGUGCAGCCGAAAUUCUUCUUCUCCUGUUUGAUGAAAGCGAGGGCUGCCUAAGAGAUGCUUUGACGCUUCCAGAGUUCUUAACUGUGCUAGCUGAUAUUUCAGUCAGAGGAUCCGCAAGAGCUCGAGAGAAGGCUGGUCAGUUGCUGAAGAAAAUGAUGGAGGCUAAUUUGGAUUCCUACAGUGACGGCAACUCCUCCAUUUUCGAAUGA